AUGCCGGACGGACCGGACUACGUUGUUCCCAAAGAGGAGCUGGCGCGCUACCUUGCUCAUGAAGAUGUAUUGGACCUCUCACCAGUCCUCUUCGAUAACUUUCAGCCCGACCACUGUUUUGUCUAUCCAGUCCAUAAGAACCAAUAUCACCCCCCUUUGAUGCGCAAACUGGCACGUGAUGUCUUCGGUAUGGUAGAAGAUAUGAUGGAAGAGGUGCAGCAUCAGGGCACGGCUGUGCUAGGUAUGGAGACAUCCUGGACUCAACGUUCGGUAUUUGUCUCUAUAGAGCGCCUCACUGCUGGAGCUGCUUCAGCAAUGGUGGUCGGGAAAGAACUAGACAACCUGAUUCGCUGGAGUAAUGCGAUGUUCCUGGCUGGAACUAUCACACGAGUCUUUCCCGGGCUUCUACGACCGAUCGUGGGGUUCCUCGCGAUAUUUCCCAGCCGUUACUACUUCAGUAAAUUUGCUGCAUGUCUACAGCCGAAGAUGAACGAAAAGCUCGUAGAAUUACAAAAGGCUCGCGAGGCAGGUGGUGAGACAGAUGCUGCAGCUGCAAAUGUUCUCGAGGGCCAUCUCAUUGAAGCGCUGUCACGAAACGACCCCCGAGAGCUUCACCCGGGACUUUUAGCCUACCGCAUCAUCUUUUUCUCAACCUCAGCCUUCCAAACCAUGUCGGCCGCGGCGACGCACCUGAUGUUUGACCUAUAUAGCGCCGACCCAUCCUUAGGCGUUGUUGAAACCCUACGGUCCGAGAUUGAGGCUGCACUCCGAUUGACCGACGGCAGAUGGACCGCUCAAGCCCUUAGUGCCAUGCCGAGGCUCGAGAGCACCAUUCGCGAGAGUAUGAGAUUAUCCGCCUUCAGCACGAGAGGCUGUUCAAGGAAGGUUAUCAGCCGCAAUGGGUACACGACGUCCAAGGGUGAAUAUAUCCCAUACGGAGGAACUGUCUCAAUACCGCAGUGGUCGAUACACCACGACGAUACAGUUUACGAGGAGGCGCUAUCUUUCAGGCCGUUCCGCUUCUAUGACGAGAAGGAGAAUACUUGCGUCAGCCUUGCAACGACGUCGGAGAACUUUUUGUCUUUUGGACAUGGGAAACGAGUUUGCCCCGGGAGAUUAUACGCAGCCGUGACGCUCAAGCUAGUGCUGGCAUUUGUAGUCAUGAAUUACGACGUCAUGCCGCUUGCCGAGCGUCCCACUGGCCACUGGUUGGGCACGAAUCAUGGCCCACCGCUGAAGGCUACAUUGACUGUUAGGAGGCGAAUCACGGUGUAA